UACUUUACUCUCGUAAUCGUAGACCCAAACCUUAGGAUAUUCCUGUUGUAAACCUUACCUUACAGUAAUACUCCAUAUAUCUGCUCUCACAAUUCAACAUGGCACCAGAACUCCCCAAGGAAUACAAGGCCGGCGUCUUUGAGUCCAAAGGCGCGCCUCUCACUUUCAAGCAGGUCAAGCUUGAACUGCCUAAGGAUGGAGAAGUCCUCGUCAAGGUGCUCGCUUGUGGUGUCUGCCAUUCCGACGCUGCUGUUCAACAAGGUCUCUUCGGAAAUGGCUUCCCGAUUACACCUGGACAUGAAGUGAUUGGCGAAGUCGCUGCGGUUCCGGACAACGAGAAGCGAUGGAAGGUUGGAGACCGAGUUGGAGCUCCCUGGCACGGUGGUCAUGAUGGUACCUGCAAAACAUGUCAACGCGGGCUGUUCCAGAUGUGCGAUAACGAGCAGAUCAACGGAGUCACACGGGAUGGAGGAUACGCCGAAUACGUGACUCUUCGAACAGAAGCCGUGGUUUCAGUGCCUGCAGAUGUCGAUCCGGCUGCGUUCUGCCCUCUGCUCUGCGCGGGGGUCACUGUUUUCAACUCUCUGAGGAAACAGGGUAUUGUCCCUGGCUCUCUCGUGGCCGUUCAGGGUCUCGGCGGGCUUGGUCAUCUUGCCUUGCAAUACACCAGCAAGAUGGGUUACCGCACAGUUGCGAUUUCGAGCAGCGACUCCAAGAAGGACUUUGCUCACCAGCUGGGAGCCCACGACUAUAUCGAUGGGUCAAAGGAGGACGUCGGAGAAGCUCUGGCCAAGAUGGGGGGUGCUUCUUGCAUCAUCUUUACCGCGCCGAACCAGAAACUCAUCCCUUCACUGCUUCAAGGCUUGGGUCCAUUAGGCAAACUGCUCAUUCUGGCGGCCUCCGCUCCUGUUGAGGUCAACACCUCAUCCAUGAUCCAACUUGGAUUGAGCAUUGUCGCCUGGCCCAGCGGUCACGCACUCGACAGCGAGGAGGCAAUCGAGUUUGCCAGGGUCCACGAUGUCAAUGUCAUGAUUGAGAAAUUCCCUCUUGACAAGGCCAAUGAAGCUUUGGACCAUAUGGUCCAAGGAAAGGUCAGAUUCAGGGGAGUUCUUGUUCCGUAGACGGGAAGACCAUUCCAUGGCCUCGAAGAUAUGAUGGACCAGUCAAUGAAGACUGUAAUGUCAAUUGACUUACCUAUGGUGGAUGGAGUGCCAUACAACACAUGAAGCAGCUACCAAGUAGAUAAUCCUCACGCAAUGAUUUGAAAUGCCUGGAUAGUUCCUUCCUGACCGGUAACGUGCAAUAGUUUGCGGUCAAUGCACCCUCUGCCUUCACUAUGCUGGGAUUUGAAAUUUUAU